UGCUCAUCUCCAGCGCGUCGCAGACGGAGAAGCUGAACGAGAUGGUGGAGCGCGUGGUGCGCCUGAGCAAGGAGAACGAAGAGCUGAAGCGCAUGCUGCGCACCAUGGGCGAGUCGGUGGCCUCCCAACAAACAACAGAGAAUUCCAGUGGACGACGUGGAUUUGAACGUGCCCCAGCGAUUGAUGAUGGUACCGGUCUAACGCCGAAACAUCCGACUCCAUGAUUGCCAAGCAUCGUGAUGCCGAGGAUAUGAAUGACGGUCGUCCUGUUUCCAGUUCGUCGAGAUCAGCGUUCGAGUCGUCACUUUCGCCACGCACCUCCGGGCCAGGCACACCAUCCAUAUCGGACAGACAAAGACACCUGGACAGCGGCCGUAACAUGUGCAACGACCACUCUACACGCUCGGCCGCCGAGACAUCCGCCGCCAACAGCGGUGUGACCGGCAACGACGCACGCGAGCAGCCGACCCAGGACCUGACGAUCGAGACCGUGCGCGCCUUCUACUUCACCAAGACGUCAACUGGUCCGGCCGUGUCCAUUCAGGAGUGUCUCUACGAGGAUCUGUAUGAAGACCGGGAGGAAAUCAAAGAGGGAAAGUUUGGUUCCGUAAGGUUAUGUCUGUGCAGGAAGAACGGCCAAUCCUACGUAGCCAAGCACAUUCGUAAGCACCGACCACGCGCCGCACGAGGACGCCAGCGUAGUGACAUCGUGCAGGAGAUUGAGAUCAUGAAUAAGCUGAACUUCCACCGACACAUCGUUCAGCUGCACGGUGCCGUUGAAGGGCCUUCCAGCGUUGUGCUGAUUCUGGAACAGCUUACCGGUGGAGAGUUGUUCCCCAGCUUGGCCGCAAGAGACACCUAUUCCGAAGGCGAGGUCAUCAACUUUGUCAAGCAGAUCCUGUGCGGUCUGGCUUUCAUUCAUCACAAAAACCUCAUGCACUUGAGUCUGCAGCCGGAGAAUAUCGUCUUGCAGAGUAAUUCAUCUGGUGUAGUCAAGAUCAUCAACUUCAGUUGUGCACAGCCGUACGAUGGUGAAGGCAUGUCGCAAGAGAUCGUUGGACACCCAGAGUUUACCGCACCGGAGAUCAUCGCCUUUGCACCGGCGGGUCCUGCCGUGGACAUGUGGGCGGUCGGUGUCUUGGUCUACAUCCUUCUGACUGGCUGCUCGCCAUUCCUGGAUGACGAUGAGAGUCUCAUCUAUGAGAACAUCUCCAAUGCCGAUCUUUCGUUUCCCAUGGAGCAUUUCGGACCGUUCCCACUGAGCGUGACGGAUUUCAUUCAGCUCUUGCUCUCACCCAAUCCCAAGGACCGAUUGACGGCAGAGCAGUGCUUUAGCCAUAGAUGGCUGGCUACGCCAGUCAGCGGUAAUGUCUGCCGUAUUGAAACCAAUCGGCUGCGACAGUACAAUGCCCAUCACAAGAAGAAGAUCAAAGCUGAGACAAAGCGCGUUCCCCAAUCAGCGUCAGGGCACACAAUAAGAGGCGUGGCAUCAUCCCCAGCUCUCUACAGUACGGGCCCCAGUCCGCUAACUCGUGCUGACUCUGUGCCCCUGAAGCCAGCGGCAGGCAACCACCUGCGCUUCCAAUGUCCAGGUAGUGAUGGCCCCAUGCGCAAGGUCACCUCCGAUCACACCAUGCUGACUGGCACCGGACCCAGCAGCUCUCCGAGUGCCCGGCGGCGAAUGGUGUCCAAAGUGGCGGACGCGUUUUCCAGCAAGGUACACAAGAAAGGACCAUCGUAGAAUUGUACACAUCGCGCCGUCCGCCUCUCGCCCGUUUUUCUUCCUGUUUCUUUUUCAGAAUGUUUUAUUUAUAUUUCUGUGCCUUAUCUGCUGCCGCGGCUCCCUGCUUUCAUUCUACACCGUAUUUGACUACAUCUCAGCGCCUUGCAUUCCAUCCUCUCGUCUCUGUUUGUCGCGGGAGUCAAGGGAGCACUUAUGUACGCUCCCGUUGACGUACACAUACAUACACAUGUGCACAUGCAUACACAUAUGCAGGUAUUGGAUUCUGCGAAUGAUGCUGCUCCGUGCGAACGUGACUGGCUGCUGCUCUCCACAGGCAGCCGGAAUGACUUUUGAUCUCGGCGCCUCGCUGCUCAGGCUUCCCUUUGCGACUCCGUGCAUGGCUGGGCAUUGACGACGCAAUUCUCUCCUGUUUCUUGCCCGUAUUGCUGCUCACAGACCUGGCUUGGAUUUCAUUAUUUUUUCCCCGCCCCCACCCCCUCCUACCUGGUACACACACACACACACGUUGAGCUCUGUGCCGGAGGUCCAUGUAGAAUGUAUAGGAGCACCCGUAGUGCCCACUCUGUCCUCGUAUUUUUUUCCCGGUUUAUUUGACAGCGGCCCUACCUAUUCCGUGUGUGUGUGUGUGUGUGUGUGUGUGUGUGUGUGUGUGUGUGUGUGUGUGUGUGCAUGCUGACGCUCAUAACCGUGCUGUUGGCGUUUGCAAUAGCAAUAUUAUUCUUAUCCGCUGCGCUUCUGCUGCUGCGCCCGGGCCAUUUGCAGCUAACAUGCAGCUUACCUUUGUUUUUGUUUCUUGUUUUGUUUUUUUCUCUUCUCCCUUCACUUUCAGCUCCUUUUUUUCAUGCAAACAGUCGUGUAUUGAUCAUGAGAGACCGUCAUAGAUAUGAUGAGAUGUACAUUCUCCUUGAGACCAA